CCCCUCGCUCGCGUGCUACACAUCCGGGCCUCUGUUACUAGUGAGGGGAAGAUGGCGGCCGCAACUGUGGUGGUUCCCGCAGAGUGGAUAAAGAACUGGGAGAAAUCAGGAAGAGGCGAAUUUUUACAUUUAUGCCGGAUUCUCAGUGAAAAUAAAAGCCAUGAUAGUUCGACUUAUAGAGAUUUCCAGCAAGCUCUCUAUGAGUUGUCGUACCAUGUCAUUAAAGGAAAUCUAAAGCAUGAACAGGCGUCUAAUGUUCUUAAUGACGUUAGUGAAUUUCGUGAGGAUAUGCCCUCCAUUCUUGCUGAUGUAUUCUGCAUAUUAGAUAUUGAGACAAAUUGUUUAGAAGAAAAAAGCAAGAGAGACUAUUUUACACAGUUGGUAUUAGCAUGUUUGUAUUUAGUUUCAGACACAGUUCUAAAGGAACGUCUGGAUCCAGAAACAUUGGAAUCAUUAGGGCUUAUCAAACAAUCACAGCAGUUCAAUCAAAAGUCCGUUAAAAUCAAGACAAAACUUUUUUAUAAGCAGCAAAAAUUCAAUUUGUUAAGAGAAGAAAAUGAAGGUUAUGCCAAGCUGAUUGCUGAAUUGGGGCAAGAUUUAUCUGGAAAUAUUACUAGUGAUUUAAUCUUAGAAAAUAUCAAAUCUUUAAUAGGAUGCUUUAAUCUGGAUCCCAAUAGAGUUUUGGAUGUCAUUUUAGAAGUGUUUGAAUGCAGGCCAGAACACGAUGACUUCUUUAUAUCUUUAUUAGAAUCUUACAUGAGUAUGUGUGAACCGCAAACACUGUGUCAUAUUCUUGGGUUCAAAUUCAAGUUUUACCAGGAACCAAAUGGGGAGACUCCAUCAUCUUUAUACAGAGUUGCAGCAGUACUUCUGCAAUUUAAUCUUAUUGAUUUAGAUGAUCUUUAUGUACAUCUUCUUCCAGCUGAUAAUUGCAUCAUGGAUGAACACAAACGAGAAAUUGUGGAAGCUAAGCAAAUCGUUAGAAAACUUACGAUGGUAGUGUUGUCUUCUGAAAAAAUGGAUGAACGAGAGAAAGAAAAGGAAAAAGAAGAGGAGAAAGUAGAGAAGCCACCUGACAACCAAAAACUUGGUUUGUUAGAAGCCUUGUUAAAGAUUGGUGAUUGGCAGCAUGCACAGAACAUUAUGGAUCAGAUGCCUCCAUACUAUGCAGCCUCACAUAAACUAAUAGCCCUUGCUAUUUGCAAGCUAAUUCACAUCACUAUUGAGCCUCUCUACCGAAGAGUUGGUGUUCCUAAAGGUGCUAAAGGCUCACCUGUUAAUGCUUUGCAAAACAAGAGAGCACCAAAGCAGGCAGAAACCUUUGAAGAUUUGAGGAGAGAUGUAUUCAAUAUGUUCUGUUACCUUGGUCCUCACCUUUCUCACGAUCCCAUUUUGUUUGCAAAAGUGGUGCGCAUAGGCAAGUCGUUUAUGAAGGAGUUUCAGUCUGAUGGAAGCAAACAAGAAGAUAAAGAGAAAACGGAAGUUAUCCUUAGCUGUUUGCUUAGCAUUACUGACCAGGUACUACUUCCAUCUCUUUCUUUGAUGGACUGCAAUGCUUGUAUGUCUGAGGAACUAUGGGGGAUGUUUAAAACAUUUCCCUAUCAGCAUAGAUACCAUCUGUAUGGCCAGUGGAAGAAUGAAACUUAUAACAGUCACCCACUUUUAGUAAAAGUUAAAGCUCAAACAAUAGACAGAGCCAAAUAUAUCAUGAAGCGUUUAACCAAGGAAAAUGUGAAGCCUUCAGGAAGACAAAUUGGAAAGUUGAGCCACAGCAAUCCAACCAUUUUGUUUGAUUAUAUCUUGUCACAAAUACAGAAAUAUGAUAAUUUAAUAACACCUGUAGUUGAUUCAUUGAAAUACCUCACGUCAUUGAAUUAUGAUGUCUUGGCCUAUUGUAUCAUUGAAGCUUUGGCUAAUCCAGAAAAGGAGAGAAUGAAACAUGAUGACACAACCAUCUCAAGCUGGCUUCAGAGUCUGGCUAGUUUCUGUGGUGCAGUUUUUCGUAAAUAUCCAAUUGAUCUUGCUGGUCUCCUUCAGUAUGUGGCCAAUCAACUCAAGGCAGGCAAAAGUUUUGACCUGCUUAUAUUAAAAGAAGUGGUACAAAAAAUGGCAGGAAUAGAAAUUACAGAGGAAAUGACAAUGGAACAACUAGAGGCCAUGACUGGUGGGGAGCAGCUAAAAGCCGAGGGUGGUUAUUUUGGCCAGAUCAGGAACACUAAAAAAUCCUCUCAGAGAUUAAAGGAUGCAUUAUUGGACCAUGAUCUUGCUCUUCCUCUAUGUUUGCUUAUGGCUCAGCAGAGGAAUGGGGUAAUCUUUCAAGAAGGUGGAGAGAAACAUUUGAAACUUGUGGGAAAGCUCUAUGACCAGUGUCAUGAUACCCUGGUACAAUUUGGUGGGUUUUUAGCAUCAAAUCUAAGCACAGAAGAUUAUAUAAAGCGAGUGCCUUCAAUUGAUGUGCUCUGUAAUGAAUUCCAUACACCCCAUGAUGCAGCAUUUUUUCUGUCUAGGCCUAUGUAUGCACACCAUAUAUCGUCAAAGUAUGAUGAACUUAAAAAAUCAGAAAAGGGAAGUAAACAGCAGCAUAAAGUUCAUAAGUACAUUACGUCAUGUGAGAUGGUGAUGGCUCCUGUCCAUGAAGCAGUGGUCUCCUUACAUGUUUCCAAAGUCUGGGAUGACAUCAGCCCUCAAUUCUAUGCCACAUUCUGGUCAUUGACAAUGUAUGACCUUGCUGUUCCACAUACCAGCUAUGAACGAGAAGUCAAUAAACUUAAAGUCCAGAUGAAAGCAAUUGAUGACAAUCAGGAAAUGCCUCCAAAUAAAAAGAAAAAAGAGAAGGAGCGUUGUACUGCUCUUCAGGAUAAACUUCUUGAAGAAGAAAAGAAACAGAUGGAACAUGUACAAAGAGUUCUACAGAGAUUGAAAUUGGAAAAGGACAACUGGCUUUUAGCAAAAUCUACCAAAAAUGAGACCAUCACAAAAUUUCUACAGCUGUGUAUAUUUCCUCGAUGUAUUUUUUCAGCAAUUGAUGCUGUUUACUGUGCUCGUUUUGUUGAAUUGGUACAUCAACAGAAAACUCCAAAUUUUUCCACACUUCUUUGCUAUGAUCGAGUUUUCUCUGACAUCAUUUACACAGUUGCAAGCUGUACUGAAAAUGAAGCUAGUCGAUAUGGGAGAUUUCUUUGCUGCAUGUUAGAGACUGUGACCAGAUGGCAUAGUGAUAGAGCCACAUAUGAAAAGGAAUGUGGAAACUAUCCAGGAUUCCUUACCAUAUUACGGGCAACUGGAUUUGAUGGUGGAAAUAAAGCUGAUCAAUUAGAUUAUGAAAAUUUUCGGCAUGUUGUGCAUAAAUGGCAUUACAAACUAACCAAGGCAUCAGUACAUUGCCUUGAAACUGGCGAAUAUACUCACAUCAGGAAUAUCUUGAUUGUGCUAACAAAAAUACUUCCUUGGUAUCCAAAAGUUUUGAAUCUGGGUCAGGCUUUGGAAAGAAGAGUGCAUAAAAUCUGCCAAGAAGAAAAAGAGAAGAGGCCAGAUCUAUAUGCAUUGGCUAUGGGCUACUCUGGGCAGUUGAAAAGUAAAAAGUCAUACAUGAUACCUGAAAAUGAGUUUCAUCACAAAGACCCCCCUCCGAGGAAUGCUGUGGCCAGUGUACAAAAUGGGCCUGGUGGUGGGCCUUCUUCAUCAUCGAUAGGAAGUGCAUCUAAAUCGGAUGAAAGCAGUACUGAGGAGACUGAUAAAUCAAGGGAGAGAUCUCAGUGUGGUGUGAAAGCUGUUAAUAAAGCUUCUAGUACCACACCAAAAGGGAAUUCAAGCAAUGGAAAUAGCGGCUCAAACAGCAGCAAAGCUGUUAAAGAAAAUGACAAAGAAAAAGGGAAAGAGAAAGAAAAAGAGAAAAAAGAAAAGACUCCAGCUACUACUCCAGAGGCCAGGGUACUUGGUAAAGAUGGUAAAGAAAAACCAAAGGAAGAGCGGCCAAAAGAUGAAAAAGCAAGAGAGACCAAGGAAAGAACGCCUAAGUCUGACAAAGAAAAAGAAAAAUUCAAGAAGGAAGAAAAAACUAAAGAUGAGAAAUUCAAAACCACUGUUCCCAUCGUAGAAUCAAAAUCGACUCAAGAAAGGGAAAGAGAGAAGGAGCCAUCCAGAGAAAGAGAUAUAGCAAAGGAAAUGAAGUCAAAGGAAAAUGUUAAAGGAGGAGAAAAAACACCAGUUUCUGGGUCCUUGAAGUCACCUGUUCCCCGAUCAGAUAUUGCAGAGCCUGAAAGGGAACAAAAACGCCGCAAAAUUGAUACCCACCCUUCUCCGUCACAUUCCUCCACAGUAAAGGACAGUCUCAUCGAACUCAAGGAGUCUUCUGCAAAGCUCUACAUUAAUCAUACUCCUCCACCACUGUCCAAGAGUAAGGAGAGAGAAAUGGACAAGAAAGAUUUGGACAAGUCAAGGGAAAGAUCCAGAGAAAGAGAGAAAAAAGAUGAAAAGGACAGGAAAGAGCGGAAAAGGGAUCACUCAAACAAUGACCGUGAAGUGCCACCAGACUUAACCAAGAGGCGGAAAGAGGAAAAUGGAACAAUGGGGGUUUCAAAACACAAAAGUGAAAGCCCAUGUGAGUCUCCUUAUCCAAAUGAGAAAGACAAGGAAAAAAAUAAGUCAAAAUCUUCAGGCAAAGAAAAAGGCAGUGGUGAUUCAUUUAAAUCUGAGAAGAUGGAUAAAAUCUCCUCUGGUGGCAAGAAGGAGUCCAGACAUGACAAAGAAAAGAUAGAAAAGAAAGAGAAACGGGACAGUUCAGGAGGAAAGGAAGAGAAAAAACAUCAUAAGUCCUCGGACAAGCACAGAUAAUGAAGACUUUCAGUCAAGGGUAUGGACAGACCCCUAAGCUGAAGGUCUCCCAGAGGAGGAUGCCAAAGCUCCAUGCGUCACUCUCAGAACGAUAUCUCCCAUAAUUAAGAGCUUCUGGUGCUGUCCAUUUAAUGGGAAUCUGCUUUAAGUCAGAAGAUGAAUAUACACCAAUAUCCUCUUGACGAGACAUUCCAAAGUCACUGAUUUUCAGAACAUUAUUUUCACCUCCAGGCAGUUUCUUGCAGCAAGGUCCCUGUGCAUACAAUUUUUACUCGAGAUACGCCAUCCAGAAGCAGCAUCUAACGAAAAUUUCACUAACUGAGUUUUAGUUCAUCCUUCUUUCUCAGAAAGGAGAGGAAACCGCCUCCUGGAACCAGUUCCUUAAAAAUGUAGAUAGGCUGUCUUUGUGUGCGAACUCCUAUAAGUUUGACAACAUUGGGAUGAUUAUGUCACUUGAGGAUUUUGGCUUCUUGUAAAAAUUUUAAUUUCAGUUCCUGGAAAAGAUCUUCUUUUCAUGUUUUAAUAGCAACAUGAAUUUUAUCCUUUAAUGUCCCCUAAAGUAUGUCAUCACAAUUUCCCUUGCCCAGUAAUUCACCUAAUGUGAUAUCUUCAUGAUUGAGAACCCAUUUCUUAUUCUACUAAUUAUGGUCACAUGGACACCAUGAUGUUCUUUAUUGGAACAUUACUAUUUUUUUCAAUUUAAAAAAUUGAGAUAUUCACCAUUUUAAAGUGUACAAUUCAGUGGUUUUUAGUAUAUUCAUUAUAUUGUGCAAUCAUCACCAUUAAUCUCAGAACAUUUCUCUCACCUCCAAAAGAAGCCCCAUGUGUGUUAGCAGUCACUCUUAAUUCUCCCCUUCUCCAACCCCUGAAACCACUAAUGUACUUUCUAUGGAUUUGCCUAUUUUGGACAUUUCAUAUGAAUGGAAUCAUGCAAUACUGUGGCCUUUUGUGUCCGGGUUCUUUCACUUAGCAUCAUGUUUUCAAGAUUCAUCCAUGUUGUAGCAUGUAUCAGUACUCCAUUCCUUUUUAUGGGUAAAUAAUAUUCCAUUGUAUGAAUGUGUAUCAUAUUUUGUUUAUCCAUUCAUCAGUUGAUGGACAGGAACAAUGACUUUAAGUAUUAAAUUGUAAGUUCAACAUCAGUGUAUCCGCAAUUAUAAUUGAUAAUGUCAAGAUUAAUACAUGGUGUGAACAGAAUACUGUGUAGAAAUGAUAAUGUAAAUUAUUUGUCAGCAUUUCAUGCAAGUGUGAUUAUUUUCUAAGGCCCCUUCUAGCUCUGGUUUUAUGAAAUAUGUGAAUGUAGUAUUUUCAUCAAUAAAGUUUAAUGCGUUAAGCAUUAGUUUAAAAUUUGAGAACAAAUGUUAGGCAGAUAUGAAGUUAUUUGCCACAUGUUGUAAUGAUCAUGUUUUGAAUUUAUUUCAAUAUGCAGUAUUUGAAAAAUGUCAAUACAUAAAGGAAAGGAAAUGAGUAUAAUUGAGUCGAUAUAUUUUUUAAGCAAUUUUUAUAAUUUAGCAGACGUUGCAUCUUAAUAUAAGUCAUUAUUAAAAUUGUGUCCUUGUGAAAAAUGUGAUGUUAUUUUCCUUUUUUUUUUGUUGAUCAUGUAAAAUAGGUUCCUUUGGUACAUAUGUUCUGUUCAUUUUUGAUAAGCUAUUGCUUGCCCAUGAAAUGUUUUACUUCUUGCUAUUUUAUUUUAUUUUUUCUCCCUAACCCCAUUUCUCCCUCUCACACCAAUUAUUCAGUGUUGUUGUUUUUUUUCAAGAGUCAUAAUAUGCCUGUCUAAAUGGUUUCUAAGAGUGGACAAUAAGAAAUACAUGAAUAUUUUCAUCCUUCUCUGGGGAUUUAAUUGAAGUCUUUGUUAUUGACGGAACUCACUAACUUUUCUUUCUUUAAACUUCCCUCCUUCCUUUUUCUUCCUCCUCCUUUCCUUACCAUCCUUCCCCACCCUAUCCACCCUCCUCCUUUCUGUCCUUCCUUCUUCCUCUCUCCUACUUCUUUCCCUCUCUCUGACUUCUCUCACACCCUCUUCCUUCCUUCCUACCUGCCUACCUUCCUUCCUUCCUUUCUUAAUCUAUCAAUAUAAUCACUUUGUUUCUUUCAGGUGAGAUUGGAAUGAAAUUGUUCAUCUGUGACCAGAAAUUUAUUUUCCUGAGUAGAUUGCCGAGAAUUAUGAAUGAAGAGGGCCCAUUUGCAUCUCCUUAAAUUAUUCAGUUAUCUGCUUUAUUGCUCCAUGUGGAAAACCUAAAAUUGUUGAGUUGUGCAUUACUGUAUUUUUAACUUGUUGCUUAAUUUCUACGUGUUUAUUUUCAGUAAUGGCUGAAAGUGUUGAUUGUUCCAUAUUUUUAGCACAAUGUGCUGCAUACACUUCCCAACAAGCAAAUAAGGUUACAUGUGUACAGAAUUUCACUUUUGGUUAACUAAAUAUUGCCUGAGUUUAGUCUUCCCCCUCCCCCAUUUUAAAUGCUUCCUUUUUACUGUUUGAAACUGAAAAUAAACAAUUAUUGAACCAUUUUGAAUUUACCUCAUUUUAAAGCUCGGUUUUAAUUUAUUAUUUGGCCUGUUUUUAAUAUUAGUCACUUAAAUUGGAAGGAGUGUCUUAUGCAAUGCCUAGGAAUCGUUUUAUAUAGUACAUGUACAUUAAAAUCUGUUUAAAAAAGAAAAAAGAUACCAGCACUCACUUGUCCUUUGCCAUUUUUUCCCUUGUAAUUACACAAAUGGGGGGGGGUGUCGAAAGUUAAUUGUGUUUUAAUUCUACAGCUAUAGGAGCUUUGUAUUGCUGAACUUUCGUCUGGAAAAGUUUCACAGUGACAUUUUUAAAAGAGAAUUUUUUAAUCUACUGAAUUCUACCAGUGUAAACUUUUUUCUA